AUUCAGUAUGUAGAACAGAUUAGUGUAGUUGAAGUGGGGAAGAAUGAGAGUUAUCCCAACCAGCCAGCACCCCCUACUCCCAUUCCCACACUUUCCCUCAUGGGAGGCUGCCAGGAGCACUUUGAAAACCACUGGAAAGGCCGGGCACGAUGGCUCAUGCCUGCAAUCCCAGCACUUUGGGAGGCCACAGGCGGAUCACCUGAGAUCAGGAUUUAUCAGUCUCUCAUUUGUGCUUUGGGGAAGCAGAAAAGGCAAAAGGGCUCUUUGGCUAUCUUCUGCUGGAGCUUUUAGGGAGGAUGUGUCUCCGAGAGACCAGAUGUGCCAAGUUUGAAAUCCCAGAAGCCCAAGAGGAAAAGAACCACAGGGAGGAAAAGACUGUCCAAAGGCUUCUGGAGUCUUCUCUGCUCCAGAGAGACCUUGGAAGGUUUUGAAUAAUAUUUCUCUGAGGAUGGCCUUUCACUUACUCAUCUGUCCAGCAUGACUCAUCCCCAGGAGUGUUGAGUAAGUGAAAUUUUGCUGUAUUCAUGUUUUUGUGACUUAUAAAAUAUGAUGAUAAGGAGAGAACAUGAACUCUGGAGUCAGACAUGUUAGCUCGGACAUGAUACUCUUGGCUUUGUCAUUUAGUAGUUGAGUAAUUUUUGGCAAGCUAACGUCUCUGGUCUUUCUCAUCUGUAAAAUGAGAAUAAAUGAAACCUACUAACCAGAAUUGGUAUGAAAAUGAAAUGUGGCAGAAAAAAAAUGAAAGUGAAUAGUGUCACCACUGACACACAGGCACUCAAGGCCCUUCCUGUCUCCAAUCAGGUAUAAAUUUGGGGCAACAUUUGGCCAGGUCUUGUUUAUCUUUCUGUUCAUCUCUUCUGUCUAAUUCAGUGCUUUGUUUACAAUGAAUGUCUUACAAAUGCUGACUGAACAACACUAGCAUACCUGCAUGAACAAUAGGUACAUAAAUUUUGGAUGUGUUUUAA